GACUGGCCGGCGGCUCCUUCUGGGAGGGCGGGGGACGGAUCCUGCCCCUUCGCCGCCUCGCUUCUCCACGCCGCCCUCGCCAUGUCCGCCUUGGAGAAGGAGCUGCAGCUGGGCCGCCUGCCCCCUCGCCCGCCGGGACCCGCCGGGGGAAGCGGCCAGGCCCUCCCCAAGAUGCGCAUGGGGCCUGGAAGGAAGCGCGAUUAUUCUGCUGUCCCGUGGAGCCAGUACUUCGAGUCCAUGGAGGAUGUUGUAGUUGAUAGCGACUCCGGCAAGGAUACUUUUCGAAUUUACAAGAGUGGGUCCGAGGGUCCCGUCUUACUCCUAUUACACGGCGGAGGCCAUUCUGCCCUCUCCUGGGCUGUGUUUACCGCUGCCAUCAUCAGCCGUGUCCAGUGCCGGAUCGUGGCUUUGGAUCUGAGAGGACAUGGUGAGACGAAAGUUAGGAACCCAGAUGAUCUCUCCGCGGAGACCAUGUCCAAGGACGUCGGAAGCGUGGUGGAAGCCAUGUACGGGGACCUCGCCCCGCCCAUUAUGCUGAUUGGCCACAGCAUGGGCGGGGCUAUUGCCGUGCACUCGGCAGCGUCCAACCUGGUGCCCAGUUUGCUGGGCCUCUGCGUGAUUGACGUAGUGGAAGGCACGGCCAUGGAUGCCCUCAACAGCAUGCAGAAUUUCCUUCGGAGUCGCCCGAAGACAUUCAAAUCUCUGGAGAAUGCCAUCGAAUGGAGCGUAAAGAGCGGACAGAUACGGAAUCUUGAAUCUGCCAGGGUUUCUAUGGUUGGCCAAGUCAAACAGUGUGAAGGUGUCGCCAGCCCCGGGGGUCACAAAACCAUUGUGGAGGGGAUCAUAGAGGAGGAAGAGGAGGAGGAGGAAGACGAAAAUGGAGAAUCCGUGAACAAAAGGAAGAAGGAUGAUGACACAGAGACCAAGAAGGAUGUGGCAUACACAUGGCGGAUUGAGCUGGCGAAAACGGAGACGUACUGGGAUGGCUGGUUCCGGGGUCUCUCGAACCUCUUCCUCAACUGCGCUGUUCCCAAGCUGCUGCUUUUGGCUGGUGUUGACAGACUGGAUAAAGAUCUAACCAUUGGCCAGAUGCAAGGCAAAUUCCAGAUGCAAGUCCUUCCGCAGUGCGGCCACGCGGUCCACGAAGAUGCUCCGGACAAGGUUGCCGAAGCUGUCGCGACGUUCCUGAUCCGUCACAGGUUUACAGAGCCCAUCGGUGGAUUCCAAUGUGUUUUUCCUGCUUGUUAAUGCCCCGACACUCCUCCCGACGCCGACUCUCCUUGUAAAUAAACCUGCACCAGAGGGCUGUGGUGUCUUCUGUCUCCUCCUCGGCCUUCCCUUUCAGUUGUCAACUCGGACCAGCUGGCGCGAGAAUGGCCAGACCUUCUGCUGCCAUACCCCCAACCUGGUCCGUCCCCGGAUCACGGGGGGGCUCCUUCCCGCCGCCCUGAAGGAAGUAAGCUGGCUCCCUGCGAAAUCACGGGUGGAUGCGAAGGAUUCUCUGCGCGGCCCCUCCUGGCCUCCUGGAAGUUUUAGGAAAUCCUUGGCCCGGAAGGACCCCAUCAAAGCCAUCCCCCCCCCUUGAUUUUUCUUAAGCAUGCAAGAUUCUGCCAUCUCGGAGGUGGGCUCUCCGCUUCGCUCCUCCAGAGCAGGGCUUUCAUUCUCGGGUUGCUUAGGCCAAUGUUCCUCCCACCCCCUCUUCCUCCUGGCGAGUUCUCAGUAGCGCAGGCCGCCACGAUAUGUGGAAAUCUGAAACGCAUCGGGGCCCGUCGCCUCUUUGACCGACCUCCUGCAUUUGCGUUCCCCAGCAAACAGAGGCUGGGUUUCGGUUUGGUUGACACACCCUGCGUCCGCCAAGGGGGGUCGCAGAUGUGAAGAUUCCAGAAGAGGGCUGAAAAGCGGGGGGGGGGGUUCUGAGGUUUCCCCAAGCCUGAUGUUCCCAGAUGUUCUCCAGAUGUUCUCUGCUGGCCGAUGGCAUUGAAACAGCUGCCAGAAUUGUGUGGUUCAGAUUCACACGGCGCUGCACAGUCGCGCCAACCAGCAGCAAGCAGGAAGAGGGCAUGGGGUGUGUGUGUUGUUUUAGGAUUACAGAAAUGAGGGAGCAGGUCAUUCCUUUGCUUCAGGGCUGCAAAUGACGGUUUGUGCAACCUUCAGCUAAAUUUCAGUGAAGCAACCCCUAGAUUUAAAGCACUGUUAUGGUCCUUGUGAGUUCUGGGGCUCUGGUUGGGAUAACAUCCUAGAGCCCAGACCUGUGUGUAUUUGAGGAGGUGUUUCUUGUGUGUUCGCACUUCCAAGCCCCGGUUGAGAACAGGAGAGUUGCCCCCCGAGCAAUAUUUUCAAUACUGGGGGGGAGAGAGGAGCAUAUUUGCAUUGGGGUUUGGGGUCCAUGACUCUUGGAGGCCGGGAUAGAGGCUGUGUCAGGAGUCUUGAUAGUUUUCACAGGGUGCUCCAUCCUCUUGCAAAAAACAAGCAAAAAAAAGUAAAGAGAAGCAAUGUGAAAUAAUAUGCAACAAGCAAGGAGGAGAGACUUAGGGGAAUAUCCCCAGCCAUGCCCUGGGAAGUUCUCUUGCAAACUCCUUGUGCAGCUCCUGUUCAAUUCAGAGAGGUGUUGGCCAGAGACCUUCCUGGUGGAUUGGGCCCUGUCAGGUCCAGAAAACCCCGAACCCUUUGCCCGAUGGGUGGGGUUGGUUUCGAGCAGGCACCCCCAAACUUCGGCCCUCCAGAUGUUUUGGACUACAAUUCCCAUCUUCCCCGACCACUGGUCCUGUUAGCUAGGGAUCAUGGGAGUUGUAGGCCAAAACAUCUGGAGGGCCGCAGUUUGGGGGUGCCUGGUUUUGUGCCUAUGUCCCCAGCUGAGGAAGGGGGUCUGACUUCUUCCUCACACAAGAAAGACGAGCGAGGCAUGUUGGAAGACACACCGUGCGCAUUACUGCCCUGAAUGUUUUCCGGUUGGGAAAGUUUCGGGAAUUUAAUGCGUAUUCACAGCCCUGCCAAAAACAUAAAUCUGUGUUGGAGCAGCAGCCUGCCCUUGCGGUCAGCCCUUUUAUGCCCUUCCCAGUGUCUCUCUUGCCUUCUUGGCCACAGUGGCCCUCGCAUCUAAGAUGGGAGCCCCCCAAUAGGUCUCCCCUGUCUGCCCUCUGCUCAGUGGGCUGGAGGGGGAAACCCCAAACUCGCACAGUUGCUGCCCAAUCUCCAGAAAUGGCACUCAGACUCCAAACACCAGCUGGGGGCGUGGAGCCAGGAGAGGAGGAACCCUCCCAGCUGUGUCCUUUGUUCUGGCAGGGAGAGCUCAUAUUUUUUUCUGGGGGAUAAUCCCCACUCACUCAGAUGAUGGUGCUUCCAUUGGGUUGUGUGUGUGUGGGGGGGUCUUCUUCCUUCCCCCUGUUCUCCUGGCUUUUGAAUGAGCUGCCCCGGUGGCCCUUGGAAAGAGGGGCCCGUUUGCCGGUUCCGUUUGCCAGUUUUCUUUGAACCAGAGUCCAAUUUGAAAAAGGAUCGCUUCCUCUCCCAUGGCGUAUGCGUGUAUAUAUAUCACGACACGCAACGCAGAGUCGCCAGGUGACAACCCCCCUUCGGUUAGGUACUCUGUCUGUGGGUCACUUGCUACAUUUGGGGGCCGGGAAGCAUCCCUAGAUUCUCUCGCACACCCACACCCCCCCACAAAAACUCUCCCCCACCCCACCCCAAACUCUGAAACUUCAGCAUAAUUUUUUUCCCUUUUUCUGGGGAGGGAAGGCAAACCUUAUCUGGUUCAACAAAGACUAGAGUCCUCGUUUAGCCUCGCCCCCCUUUAAAUAAUACAUACUGUACUGUUGGCAUUUUUUUGUGGGGGGGGGGGAAGAGAUUUUUUUUUUGUCAACUCCCUGCCGAUGACGACGACCACCCUUGUUUUAUGAAAAUAAAUAUUUCGCUACCUGC